GCUCAGCCGCUGGCACUCUCACCCCAGCUCUCUCCCCAUCUGGGCCAAUCCCUGUGCCUCUGUGCCAGCCCUGGGGCACCUGUGUGACUGUGUCGGUACCAUGGCCGGCUCCCUGGGGGGGCUUCAUUGCCUGCUCACCGGCGCCAGUGGGUUCCUGGGCCACAGGAUUCUGCAGCUUCUGAUGGAGGAGGAGGGGGACCUGGCAGAGAUUCGGAUCAUGGAUAAAGAAUUCAGCGCUGACCUGCUGGGAACCUGUGACAGAUUCCAGGGAAAGACCAUGCUGAACCUCCUGCAGGGGGAUAUUCGGGAUCAGGAGUUUCUGAGCCAAUCGUGUCGCGGGAUGGAGCUGGUCAUUCACACGGCGGCCAUUAUCGAUACAGUGGGGAGGAUCAGCAGGGACGUCCUGGUCGCCAUUAAUGUAACCGGGACAGAGCGCCUCCUGGAGGCCUGCGUGCAGAACAACGUGCGCUACUUUGUCUACACCAGCAGUGUGGAGGUGGUAGGACCCAACAUGCGGGGGGACCCGGUGGUCGAUGGGGAUGAGGAGCUGCAGUACGACAGCAAACUGAGCUUCACCUAUGGGCAGACCAAGAAGCUGGCGGAGAAGCGGGUUCUUGGGGCCAAUGGCCGGGCCCUUAGAGAUGGCGGAACGCUCAUGACCUGCUCCCUGCGCUCCAUGUACAUCUAUGGGGAGGCCUCCCAGUUCCUCCUCUUGCACCUUGAUGAGGCCAUAACCAAUGGCGGUGUCUUCCACCGACUGUCCAGGAAGGAAGCUCUGGUGAACCCGGCGUAUGUGGGCAACGUUGCGUGGGCUCACGUCCAGGCCUCGCGGGCACUGAGGGACCCCGACAGAGCCAAGAAGGUGGCGGGAAAUUUCUAUUUCAUCUCCGACGACACCCCCCACCUGAGCUACUCCGACCUCAACCAUGCUCUGGGCAAGGACCUGGGCCUGGGGGUGGAGCCCAAGUUGGCCCUGCCCUUUCCUCUGCUUUACUUUGUGGCUUUGUUGUUAGAAACAAUGAGUUUUCUGUUGAAGCCUCUGGUGAAGGUCGUGCCACCAUUUACCCGCCACCUCCUGCGCCUCCUCAACACCCCAUUCACCUUCUCCUACCGGAAGGCCCAGCGGGACAUGGGCUACAAGCCGCGCUACAGCUGGGAGCAGUCCAAGCGACUGACCGGGGGGUGGAUGGAGUCAGUGCUCCCCCUACGCAAGGAGCUUCUCAAGAAGAACCACAAACUGUGAUUCAUGGUGACUCCAUGUCCACUAUAACCCCCCAACAUGGGGUAGAACUGGCCAAUGGAGUGUAGCUGUGUCGUGUCCAACCAGAGGCCAAAUACCAUUAUAGUGAUACAGUAACAAUACAUAAUGUAUGAGGGGAUCAUGGGAACUUUGCUUUUUGGUUCAUUAAUCACCUUCCUAAGGACUGCCCCCCAAACUGCCCCCCAUACUCAGGCAAAAUUAUGUUUCAUCCCUUGAGUCAAUGCCCUUUUUAUUUGCUUUAGUAGCCACUGAGUGACACUGCCUGGAGUUGCACAGCUUCUUAUCCACAAAAACCCCCCAGAUCCUUCUUAAAGGGGCAGUUCACAUUUAACGUUUAAUAUGUUAUAGAAUGACUAAUUUUCAGCAACUUUUCGAUUGGUCUUCAUUUUUUAUUUCUUUUUUUUUAAUUAUUUUCCUCCUUCUUCUGACUCUUUGCAGCUUUCAAAUGGGGGUCACUGACCCCGGCAGCCAAACCCUAUUGCUCUGUGAGGCUCCAGUUUUAUUGUUAUUGUUACUUUUUAUUCCUUAUCUUUCUAUUCAGCCCCUCCCCUAUUCAUAUAUCAGUCUCCUCUCAAACCAAUCCCUGGUUACUAAGGCAAAUUGGACCCUAGCAACCAGAUAGCUUGCAUUUAUAUUAUUUCUUUCCAAGUGCAUUUAUCACUGAAUUGUGCCAUUGGGGAGUCACUAAACAAAAUAAAUACAAUAAACUCAAAUGUUGGAUUCAA